ACAACACUGGAGGGAGGAGGACUGUGGCUCCAUGUGCUGUCUUCCAACCAACUGUACAUGUCUAGAUUUAUUAAUUAGAGACACGUCACAGUAUUGAUUAAUGCUGAUAUUGUUCCUCUUGUCUUAACAGGGGAGAACUUUGUUGGUAGAUAAUGAUACAUCAGAAAUAGAAGAUGACAGAAAUGCAGCAGCACACAAGAAUGGUCUUGGAGUUAUUAGGUGAUAGUCUUAUACAUUGUAUUGCUUAACAAGUGAAACUUGUGAUUUUCUCUUAUUAGGAGGCAUCUAACUUGCAGCAGUUUAUGUCUUAUAUUUUGUUUCAUUGGUGAAAGUUAAUAGUUGAAACACCAUAAGCAAAAUUGAAUAGAUAUAUAAAUUACAAUAAAAUUACUGUAUACUAUACUAUACAGUAAUUGUGAUCAAGUGUUGAGUGUGUGUUUCAUGACAGUACAGUACUGAGAAUUUGUCUCUCAAGAUUCCUGACUGCAGAAAAGAAUGCAUUUUCCUCUACAAUUGCAUUAAAAACAAAAUGAUGCCUAGAAGGAAGUCUCUUCAGUGUUCCUUCUCAGAGAAGGAACGCAAAAAGGUUUCUGGAUUGGAUUGUGAUAUGGCAAUUGAUAAGGGAGAGAAGCAACUUAAGCUUGAUGACUGUAAUGAAAAAACAGCUCUGAAAAAUGCGAUUAAACAGGACCUAAGCAGUAACAGUAAAGGGACAUCUUGUAUUUAUGUGAUAACUGAUGAAAAGAAGCAAAUUAGGCUUGGUGAGUGUGAUGAAAAAACAGCUCUUAAAAAUACAUUUGAACAGGACCUAAGUAACAGUAAAGGGACUUCUUGUAUUUAUGUGAUAACUAAUGAAGGAGAGCAGCAAAUUAAGCUCGAUGGGUGUGAUGAAAAGGCGGCUCUUAAAAACAUACUUGAACAGAGCCGAAGCACUUGCACUAAAGGGAAAUUUUACAAAUGUCCGAUAUGUAGAGUUAGCUUAACAGAUGAUACUCGCAAGAGCCACAUGGAAACUCAUGCUGGAGAGAAAUCUUUUGAGUGUGCUGUUUGUCCAAAGAAAUUCAAAUACAGACAUUCUUACUCAAAACAUGCUAAAAGUCAUGAGGCUUAUCCUUUCCGAUGUUCAGAGUGUGGAUUUAUUUUUAGUGACAAAAUUAAAUUUGAUAUGCAUAUGAAGGCUCAUACAGAAUCCUCUUUUGAAUGUGAAUUUUGUGGAAAAACAACAAGAGAUGAAAGUGACUUAAAACGACACCAACGGAUUCAUACAGGCGAGAGGCCCUAUAAGUGUUUUAUUUGUGAGAAGAUGUUUCCUGGACUUUGCAACCUCAACAGACACAUAAAAAUCACACAUUCUGAAGAGAGGCCAUUUCAAUGUAGUGUUUGCUUCAGGAGGUUUAAAGAGAAAGGUGCUCUAAAAAAACACAUUCGAUUCCAUACAGGUGAAGAACUACAUCAGUGUUUUGUUUGUGGUAAAAAGUUCAUUGAGAAAAGCCAUCUUGAGAGACAUAGCAUGAAUCAUACAGGAGAAAAACCAUUUGAAUGUUCAGUGUGUUCAGAAAGAUUUAGAGACAAAACAACGCUAAAAUGCCAUGAGUUCCGUCAUACAGGGAAAAAACCGCAUGUUUGUCCUAUUUGUCAGAAAAAGUUCACCCAGAAAAGUAAUCUUGAGAGACACAAACGUAUUCAUACAGGAGAAAAACCAUUUGCAUGUCCAGUGUGUGCCAGAGCAUUUUCAGAUAAGACCUCACUUGAGGGUCACAAACUUAUUCAUACAGGGGAGAGGCCACAUGUUUGUUCAGUUUGUGGAAUAAGCUUUACACAAAAGAGCAAACUUAACAGACACAUGGAUGUUCAUACAAAAAAGCCAUAUAAUUGUUCGAUGUGCUGUAAGAAGUUUAGAGAUAAAACUUAUCUCGAUAUUCAUUUGAAAAUGCAUUCAGAACAGAAAUUAUUUGUCUGUAAUGUGUGUGACAAGGGAUUCAUCUCGAGUAAUGAUAUGAAAGAGCACAUGUUGUUACACCCAGAAGAUCAGCCAUUUUCUUGUGCAAUAUGUGAUGAAAAAUUUACCGUGAAAUCCUCCCAAAGAGAGCACAUGAGCAGUCAUACAGGAGGUAAACCCUUUUCAUGUUCAGUUUGUAAAGAAAAUUUUACAACAAAGCGUAUAUUGAAAAGACAUUUACUUGCACACCAAACUAGUGAGGUCUAUUGUGCAAUAUGUUCUAAGACAUUUUCAGAUGAAACAAAACUGGAAAACCACAUAAACAUUCAUACAGGAGAGAAACCCUUUGCAUGUUCUUUUUGUAAGGAAACUUUUGCAACCGAAGGAACAUUGAAAAGACAUUUACGUAUACACAAAUUUGAGGGGGUUAAUUGUUCAUUGUGUUCCAAGAUAUUUUUGAACAAAACAAAACUGGAAAAGCACAUGUACAGUCAUACUGGAAAGAAACCUUACAAGUGUGCUAAAUGCAAGAAACAAUUUAUCACAAUGGUUGGCCUUGAAAAGCACCUGCACAACCAUACAGGAGAAAAGCCAUAUGAUUGUUCUGAAUGUGGUAAAAGUUUUGUAACUAAGCAAGGACUUGGUAAACACAAGCGUAAUAGUCUCCAAAAUAGGGCCCGAGAGUGUACACGGUGUAAGAAAUUAUUUUGCUCUAUAUCUCUUUUCAAACAACAUAUGUUAGACCAUGGUGAGGAAAGUUGAUAAAUACAGUACAGUACCUGCUUGGACAUUGCAUAAUGAGGAGAAUAAUGUCAGUCCAGAAUUUGUAUUGCCUGAAAUGAUUUUAGUAAUAAGAUACAGUCAAUAAUUAACAAAUUUAAGUUGGUCAUCCCUAAAUGAAUUGCAGAUGUACAGUAAACCCUUGUUGUUCACAGGGGGAUAGGUUCCAAGGAGUUGCCCAAAUAGGCAAAACUGCGAAUAGCAACUUAUACUACCUUAGUGCACUACUGUAUACCCAUACCAAACAACCGACCAGCUGUGGCAGCACUCAUCCCCUCUUUUAACUUAUCUACUAAUUCAUCUU